GUUUUUGUUUACGCUGAUCAGUUGUAAUAAUUUAUUAAAGUAAUUUAUUGAAAUAUGAAGUGUAAAAUACCCGAAAUCUCAUGGCAUAAUCGCGACCCAGUAUUGAGUGUUGAUAUACAACCCAGAUCGUUAGUAUCAACGGAAAAAGCCAAUAUAAAACAUCGCCUGGCAUCGGGCGGCACAGAUGCUCAUGUACUUAUCUGGUAUAUGAACUACACAGAGGAUGAAAAGGAUAUAGAAUUAGAUUUGGCUGCUGACUUAACGCGGCAUCAACGUGCAGUAAAUGCUGUAAAAUGGUCACCAAACGGUGAGUUGCUGGCAUCAGGUGAUGACGAGAGUGUCGUCUUCAUUUGGAAGCUGAAAGGCGAGCAAGAACCAUUGAAUAUACUAGACAACACUAACGAGCAGGACAAAGAAGUGUGGAUUGUUUUAAAGGUAUUGCGCGGUCACAUGGAGGACAUUUACGAUUUGAGUUGGGCGCCAAAUUCACAGUUCCUCGUAAGUGGUUCUGUGGAUAAUUCUGCUAUGGUUUGGGACGUGCAAAAGGGAAAAUCUACGGGAAUGUUGCGUGAUCACAAAUCGUUUGUACAAGGUGUGGCUUGGGACCCAAAAAAUCAAUAUAUUGCUACACUGAGUUCGGAUAGAUAUUUACGUAUUUUCGACAUACAGACGAAGAGGGUAUUACAUCGCAUUAACAAAUCCACACUACCGGUCGGUGUGGGUCAUGAAUUUUACGGUCAUCGUAUGCGUAUAUUCCACGACGAUACAUUGCAGACAUUCUUUCGUCGCCUCUGUUUUACGCCUGAUGGAAAAUUGUUGUUAACACCUGCUGGUGUAGCCGAAAAAGAUGAUGUAGCUCAAUCAUUGCACACCACAUAUGCAUUUAGCCGACAUGCCUUCCGACAACCUGCUAUUGUUUUGCCCUGUCCCGGACAGUAUACAGUGGCGGUGCGUUGCUGCCCGAUUCUCUAUCGAUUGCGACCACAUAAAGCUGAUGUCAAUCCACCAGUUGUGCCACUGCCAUAUCGCAUGAUUUUCGCCGUCGCAACACGUAGCUCCGUUUACUUUUACGAUACGCAGCAGCGACAACCAUUUGCAGUAAUCUCAAAUAUACACUAUACACGUCUAACAGAUGUGACUUGGUCGAGUGACGGCCGAAUUGUCGUUGUGUCGAGUACGGAUGGUUUCUGCUCGUUGAUCACCUUUGAGGCGGGAGAAUUGGGUGAGGAAUAUGAAGAUGCGGCACAAGUGUUAAGUGCAAAUGACAUCAGUACAGUUGGUAAAAAAUCGAAGAAACAAAAGGAAAACGACGGACAAAGCGUUAAGGAGCGCAAACAAUCGACUGAUGAACCUAAAAGUAUAAACAUCAAACGUUAUCCGCUAGUGCAAAUAGCCGAGGAACAAAAAAUUCAUGAACCAAUGGAGACGACAGUUGAAGCUGCAGCAACAACACGAGGUACUACCACUACAACAACAGUAGAAACACAGGCUGAAAAUCCCAUAGAAGUAAGUAGCGGUGAAAGCGCAGUUUUAACUCAAAAUAAUAAAAGUAUAGUUAAUGAGAGCGUGUCAGUGAACUUAAAUAAUGCUGGGCCCGCAUUGGUAAUAACAAAAACGCUUGGUGCUCAAAUUAUUAUUGACAAGGAAAUUCUUAGCUCCGAUGAGCGCUUCGAAUCACCGGAGAAGAAAAGUCGUCCUGUCACACCGAUAAUGGUUAGACGCACACCACGCAGUUCAACGCUACCCAGCGCAACUAACACACCCUCCACCAGUGAGACAAAUACAAAUAGCGCAAAGAAAGUCACAACUACGCCUGCUACAACGCGACAGUCAAAGGGCGCUACUCCCAUAUCAGUGCGACGCGCGCCUCGUGCGCUUAUAACGAUGCCAGCUCCACCAGCAGCAGUUUCAACCUCAACUGUAGAAGAAGUGGCGCUAGAUGCCUGGCCAACACCAAUGGAAGUAGACGAUAAUAAUACUGUUUUGCAAACAAAGCUUACUGCAACAAUAGAUGAAUCGAUUAUUAAACCUCCCGCAGCAGCUGAGGUUCAAAAGUCGCCCGUCAACAAGGACGCAACUUUUGAGUGCACAGAAGAUAUACGUUUGGUUUACGAGGAUUCAGUGGAUAAUAACUCGCAGGCGGCCGUUGCCAAAACUACUGCAGAGCAAGCCUGUAAGAGCGUCGAAGAACCGAUAAAUGCUGAAACAACAGUUGGUAGAGAAGACUGCGCAACGACACCAACACCUAAAACACCGGGCAAUAAAACACCACGCCGUGUCGCGCUAAAAACAAUUUCAACGCCUAAAUCGAAAAAGAAGUUAUUGGAAUAAUAAUGAAUAAAUAAUUUUUUUUAAUUGUAAGACGUGAGUGAUGAUUUUAAGAAAACCCUAAAAUAUACAUAAAGUAAUCAACGAAAAAA